UUAUUCUCAUUCGCUCAUUCGGAAAAAGCAUUCAUGGGAAAAGCUCAUCACAAAUGCAAGCUGCAAUCCAUUGUCAGAAUCUCUGUCUCUGUGUCUGUGUAUAUACAGACAUUAUAGUUGAAAAACCCCCCAUUAUUCCUCUUCUCUGUUUCUUGAACGGAGCACCCACCGUGAGAGCUUCAAUGGGGAGGAGCUACUGCUUUUUCAUGUUAUUUUUCAUUGCAGAUGGCUUUGCAUUCCUCAGUGUUUCUUCUGCAGAAGGGAAAAAAUAUGUCUCAGCAGUGGGAGACCCAGGAAUGACAAGGGACGAGCUGAGAGUAGCCUUUGAAGCAUGGAACUUCUGCAAUGAAGUUGGCCAGGAAGCUCCUAAAAUGGGGAGUCCCAGAGCAGCUGAUUGUUUUGAUCUCAAGAAAAAUAAAAGGAUCGGAGCUUCUCUGCAGCACAGAGUGACAGAAAAAGACAAUAAGCUUGGGGUGGGAGAACCAUUCAGGGGUUUAAGCCCAAAAGCUAGACACAGCCCAGACCUGUAUGCAGUAGAGAAGGAGAUAUAUCUGGGUUCUUUGUGUGAAGUUCCAGAUAAACCAAAACCAUGGCAGUUUUGGAUGAUUAUGCUGAAGAAUGGCAACUAUGAUUCAAAAUCUGGGUUGUGCCCUAAAAAUGGAAAAAGGGUAGCACCUUUUAGGUCAAAAAAUUUUCCAUGCCCUAAAAGGGGGUGUAUGAAUCAACCAGCCCUGCAUCAUGAAAGGACAAGUUUGUCAAAGAAUGGAGAACUGAGGGGAAGCUUCAGUGGGACUUAUGAUCUUGGUUCUCCUCUUAGUCGGUACAGGGUUGGCAAUAUGUCUUUCUUUGAGGUGAUUUGGCAGAAAAAACUUGGAACUGGGAGUUGGGAUUUUACUCAUAAGCUCAAAACUUCAAGGUCUUAUCCAUGGCUGAUGCUGUACCUCAGAGCUGAUGCAACCAGAGGCUACUCUGGAGGGUACCACUCUGAUACAAGAGGAAUGCUCAAAUCUCUUCCAGAAUCUCCAAACUUCAUAGUAAGAUUGACUCUGGAGGUGAAGAGUGGGGGUGGACCCAAGAGCCAGUUCUACCUGAUCGAUAUGGGGAGCUGCUGGAAGAACAAUGGCUCUCCUUGUAAUGGAGAUGUGCUCACUGAUGUAACCCGAUACAGCGAGAUGAUCAUCAACCCUGAAACUCCCUCUUUGUGCAGCCCCUCAAGCCUGAUUAACUGCCCACCAUACCAUGUCACUCCAAACAACAAAAAGAUACACAGAACCGAUACUCAAAACUUCCCAUAUGGAGCCUAUCACUAUUACUGUGCUCCCGGGAAUGCCCGAUACUUGGAGCAACCCUUCAGCAUUUGUGAUCCCUACAGCAACCCUCAGGCACAAGAGCUGCUGCAGUUGCUGCCUCACCCCACAUGGGGUGCAUAUGGCUGCCCUACCCGAAAAAAUCAAGGUUGGGUUGGGGACGCUAAAUCAUGGGAGCUCAAUAUUGGGGGACUUUCUAGCAGACUAUACUUCUAUCAGGUCAUUAACUUAAUUACCCAUAAAGGCUCAUUACGAGUUCAUUUGAUCAAUAGUAGUUUGUUCAAUCCAAUCGACUUGCUUCUUCUUUUAAAUGGUUUAAACUCUACAGAGCUCCAUGAAAGUGCAACUCUGAAGGAUCUUGAUCUAAUAUUUACCUUGCUUGCUAGCAGGAUCCAGGUACUCCUCCAGCUAAAAGAAUUUGGACAUCUCUAGACGUGGGAACCGAAGUUUUUAUUAGCAAAAAAGACGAAAUGGCAGAGUGGACUGUCAGCCACUUUGAUGUUCUUCAUACAAUCCCACAUCCAUAGUUCAAGUGCAUUCCUUCUUUUUUUUGUUAAAACCUGCCCAUUUUAAAUUUUCCAAGUUAAUCAAAAGGGUGGAAAGAAGAAUCAAAAGACCCAUUUAAAAUUUCCUGAGUUGGCGGUAAGGGUAGAAAGGAAAAAUCAGAAGAGAUAGCUUAGGUGAAGAUUGGGAUUAAGGAAGCUAAGAACAAGCCCAGAAGGGCAGAGCUUCCCUAUCCUUGCAUUUUACAGAACAGUCGUUGUAAUGUCUGAUUUUUCUCAUUGUUAUAAUAGGAUCAAAGGAUCUUCAGAGUUGAA